GUUGCGUGAGACACGCAUGCGCACAUUUACAAAUAAACAAUAUGGCAGCCUCAUUUCAUCUUCUCACAUCUGCGGGGAGAAUUAUUUUACAAAGAAACUUACUCAAGAGUAAUUAUCUCUGCGGGCGGCGGCUGUUGGCUACUCGGGCUGCCCACCAGGUGGCGCUAAAUGUCCCAGAAACUAAAGUUACUACUUUAGAAAACGGACUGCGGGUGGCUUCAGAGGACUCCGGCCUUACUACGUGCACAGUGGGGCUGUGGAUAGAUGCUGGCAGUCGCUAUGAGAAUGAGAGGAAUAACGGCACAGCACACUUCUUGGAGCACAUGGCAUUUAAGGGCACCAGGAAACGCUCUCAGCUGGACCUGGAGUUGGAGAUAGAGAACAUGGGAGCUCAUCUGAACGCGUACACAUCCCGGGAGCAGACGGUCUACUAUGCCAAAGCGUUCUCAAAGGAUCUCCCACGAGCUGUUGAAAUCCUGGCUGACAUCAUUCAGAACAGCACACUCGGUGAAGCGGAGAUCGAACGGGAGCGCGGCGUGAUCCUCAGAGAGAUGCAGGAAGUGGAGACCAAUCUGCAGGAGGUGGUGUUUGAUUACCUGCACGCCACAGCUUACCAGUCUACAGCACUGGGCAGGACCAUCCUCGGCCCCACGGAGAACAUCAAGACGAUCAACAGAGGAGACCUGGUGGAGUACAUCACCACCCACUACAGAGGACCCAGGAUAGUUCUGGCUGCUGCCGGAGGGGUUUGUCACGAUGAGCUCAUCAGUUUGGCCAGGUACCACUUUGGAAAACUUCCCAGCAGGAACCAGGGUGAAGCUCCAGCUCUGCCACUGUGUCACUUCACAGGAAGUGAGAUUCGUGUGCGUGAUGACAAAAUGCCCCUGGCUUACAUUGCCAUCGCUGUGGAAGCGGUGGGCUGGUCUCACCCAGACACCAUCCCCCUGAUGGUGGCCAACACACUGAUUGGAAACUGGGACCGCUCGUUUGGUGGAGGCGUGAAUCUGUCUAGUAAACUGGCUCAGAUGGCCUGUCAGGGAAACCUGUGCCACAGCUUCCAGUCCUUCAACACCUGCUACACGGACACGGGCCUGUGGGGGUUGUACAUGGUGUGUGAGCCUGGGACCAUCAGCGACAUGAUGCACUUCACUCAGAGGGAGUGGAUGUCUCUCUGUACGAGUGUGACAGAAGCCGAGGUGGCUCGGGCCAAGAACCUGCUCAAGACCAACAUGCUCCUGCAUCUGGAUGGGUCCACCCCCAUCUGCGAGGACAUCGGCAGACAGAUGCUGUGCUACAGUCGCAGGAUCCCGCUGCAUGAACUGGAGGCCCGGAUUGAUGCCAUUGAUGCCAACACCAUCAAGGAGGUGUGCACCAAAUACAUCUACAACAGGGCCCCGGCUAUUGCAGCUGUUGGUCCAAUCGAGCAACUGCCCGACUACAGCCAGAUCCGCAGUGGGAUGUUCUGGAUGAAAACUUAAGCAGAACCCUCAGAAAUGAUAACUGUACAGCAUAAAGAAGGAAAAACAAUAUUUAAGUCUUGUCUUUAGUCUUUUUUAUUAUAAAAUAAAGAAUAACACAAUAACAUUAAAAUAAGACAGAUUCUA